CCCGAGUCAGAAUUUUAAAAGACGUAUUAUUUGUGGCUUUAAAAUAACACUUUUAUAAAAGAUUAUAUUUGAUCGAAAUAACUGAACGUUUUACACUCUUCACAGCAUCUAUGUGAACUUAAGAAAAAUUAUAACCAAGGUUACAAGUUGUUGGAAUUCAACAAGUGACAGACAUUGGUGCCACUCGUACACACUUUUGUCACUGCUCUCGUCUGCGGGACUCAUGUCUAAGUGAUCGUCUGGUGAAAUGCAGCGGUGAGAAAAUUUGACUAAACUUGAAGUUUAUGGUUUGGAAAGAGUUGUAUGCAUUCCUUUUCCAACUGAGAAAACAGCAAGCAGCAGACUAAUUCAUAUUGUAUGAAGUGCGGGGUGCUCUAAUUGCGGAUUCUCUUUUUGUGAUAAGGAAAGUAAAAGCCUCAAGCUUGCAUGCAUUCAAGUUCUUGCAGUCGUAGUUCAUUUAUCUUUUACCAAUCCGUUAAAAUUGAAGUAUAUGCACAUAAAGGAAAAAAGCUCUUAAUUUAGAAAAGAUUUAUUCUCCUGCUACAAAAGUUUGCUGGAACAAAGCUGAUCAGCUGUGAACCAUAAUCAGAAGUGCAAAUCAAGAGGGGUCAACUUUGCCGUCUCAUACGAAAUUUCUCAUUUGAUCUCUUGAACACAGUUAACCUUGUUUUGUGUAAUCACCAGUGUCAUGUGUAAAAAGAUUGUGUGUUAUUUGCAUUUCUUUUUACUUUGUUUGCACAACCGUGUGGAAAGUUAAAUUUACUUAGCACUGACGCAUACAAAGUACUCUUCUUUGGAAUUAAAAAGAAUGCAUUCAAUUACAUUGAAGUUGAAAUAUCAGUACAUGCAAAAGAUAUCAUUGACAUGAAACCUCGACCCUUUCGGAAAACUCCUUGCUUUGGAAACUGAAAAGAGAAUAUUGAAAAUUGUAAAAAAGGUGUGUGUGCAGGAGAUUUUAUUGAGAACUUACUGUACCAUAUACCCAUUAUAUCUCUUUGAAAAAAAGUUUGUGUCUAUUUUAAGACAAGACCCUCACUAUUAACUUUCAAAGCAAAGUAUGGUAAAAGGCACUCUGGUAAACUGAAGCAAAAAAAAAAAAGGACGAAAAAAAUUGAUUCUCAGUGGAGAAAACGUCCCCUUCUGGGACGUAUCUAAGAAAAGUAAAACGCUUGUUUUAUUUUUUAAAGCCCAUUUUAAACCUUAAUUUAUGAAUUAAUUCCCACCUUUCUAAGCGCUUAAAGACUGAUGCAACUUUUCCCUCUUUGUAAAAAGCCAAAAUUUUAAUCUUAUCAAAAAACCUUUCGUAUUCAUUCACGAUGGCUUAUCAGUCUGAGAUUCAUCAUGGCUCUAAAAACAAGUAUUUGUGCGAAUUUUGUUCAAAGGCAUUUUCUUGCACUUCACAUUUGAUGAGACAUCUGAGAACCCAUACUGGAAAGAAACCAUAUUCCUGUGAACAGUGUUCAAAGGCAUUUUCCGAUACUUCACACUUAAUGAGACAUCUGAAAACCCAUACUGGUGAGAAACCGUAUUCCUGUAAACAUUGUUCAAAGGCAUUUUCCCAAGCUUCACAUUUAAUGCGACAUCUUAGAACCCAUACUGGAGAGAAACCAUAUUCCUGUGAACGUUGUUCAAAGACAUUUUCCGACUCUUCAAAUUUAUUGAGACAUCUGAGCACCCAUACUGGCGAGAAACCGCAUUCCUGUGACCAUUGCUCAAAGGGAUUUUCUAGGCCUUCCGAUUUAAAGAAACAUAUGAGAACCCAUACCGGCGAGAAUUCGUAUUCCUGUGAACAGUGUUCAAAGGCAUUUUACAGCACUUCAAAUUUAAAGAAACAUCUGAGAAUCCAUGCUGGCGAAAAACCGUAUUCCUGUGAAUAUUGUUUUAAGGCAUUUUCUUUCACUUCACAUUUAAUGAGACAUCUGAAAACCCAUACUGGUGAGAAACCAUAUUCCUGUAAACAUUGUUCAAAGACAUUUUCUGAGAAUUCGCAUUUAAUGAGACAUCUGAGAACCCAUACUGGCGAGAAACCAUAUUCCUGUGAACGUUGUUCAAAGACAUUUUCCGACCAUUCACAUUUAUUUAGACAUCUGAGAACCCAUACUGGCGAGAAACCAUAUUCCUGUGAACAGUGUUCAAAGGCAUUUUCCCAAUCUUUCCUUUUAAUGAGACAUCUGAGCACCCAUACUGGCGAGAAACCGCAUUCCUGUGACCAUUGCUCAAAGGGAUUUUCUAGGCCUUCCGAUUUAAAGAAACAUAUGAGAACCCAUACCGGCGAGAAUUCGUAUUCCUGUGAACAGUGUUCAAAGGCAUUUUACAGCACUUCAAAUUUAAAGAAACAUCUGAGAAUCCAUGCUGGCGAAAAACCGUAUUCCUGUGAAUAUUGUUUUAAGGCAUUUUCUUUCACUUCACAUUUAAUGAGACAUCUGAAAACCCAUACUGGUGAGAAACCAUAUUCCUGUAAACAUUGUUCAAAGACAUUUUCUGAGAAUUCGCAUUUAAUGAGACAUCUGAGAACCCAUACUGGCGAGAAACCAUAUUCCUGUGAACGUUGUUCAAAGACAUUUUCCGACCAUUCACAUUUAUUUAGACAUCUGAGAACCCAUACUGGCGAGAAACCAUAUUCCUGUGAACAGUGUUCAAAGGCAUUUUCCCAAUCUUUCCUUUUAAUGAGACAUCUGAGCACCCAUACUGGCGAGAAACCGCAUUCCUGUGACCAUUGCUCAAAGGGAUUUUCUAGGCCUUCCGAUUUAAAGAAACAUAUGAGAACCCAUACCGGCGAGAAUUCGUAUUCCUGUGAACAGUGUUCAAAGGCAUUUUACAGCACUUCAAAUUUAAAGAAACAUCUGAGAAUCCAUGCUGGCGAAAAACCGUAUUCCUGUGAAUAUUGUUUUAAGGCAUUUUCUUUCACUUCACAUUUAAUGAGACAUCUGAAAACCCAUACUGGUGAGAAACCAUAUUCCUGUAAACAUUGUUCAAAGACAUUUUCUGAGAAUUCGCAUUUAAUGAGACAUCUGAGAACCCAUACUGGCGAGAAACCAUAUUCCUGUGAACGUUGUUCAAAGACAUUUUCCGACCAUUCACAUUUAUUUAGACAUCUGAGAACCCAUACUGGCGAGAAACCAUAUUUCUGUGAACACUGUUCAAAGGCAUUUUCCCAAACUUCACAUGUCCUGAGGCAUCUGGGAACCCAUACUUGAGAUUUCAAGAGACAUGCUGGCGAGAAACUGCAUUCCUGUGAACAUUGCUCAAAGCCAUUUUCCAACACUUCAGAUUUAAUGAAACAUCAGAGAGCCCAUACUGGCGAAAAAACUCAUUCCUGUGAUCAAUAAUCUAAUACCUUUUCCGUUGCUUCAUAUUUAAAGAUACAUAUGAGUCAGUGAGAAGCAAAGGGGUGUAAGUGGCAAAAUUGAAAAUUUCGAGAUAACCAGUACACAUAGUAGGUGAACCUCUCUUCUGCCUUGGGGCAAGAGAUGGUGCUAGUGGCCCUGGUGGGAGCUGCUGUACAGCAGGAUUUAGAAACAAAAUUUCAAUGAAAGCCACCCUAAGACGUUAUCUUUAAACGCGUUUUACUCAAAACUGGAAAAUGUCCACUUACUUCCCUUUUUUUCUCACUGCCUUAUGUGAGAAUCCAUACUGGAGAGAAAUUUUUUUCUCUUUAGGUUAUUUAAAGCAAAUUUCCAGCUCUUCAUAUUUGGUGUACCAUAGUGGCACAAAACCACAUUUCUGUAAAGUUUGGUUAAAGGAAGGUUUGUAACUAGCAAACCUUAAAGUAUACUUGAGAAACUGUACUGGAGAAAAGUCAUUUUCCUUUGAAGUUGUUUCUAGUACUUUUUGCAACUUGUGCACCUGAAAGCAUUCUUGAAAAUAUAAAAUGGCUAUACUAUAGAAAAGCCAUUUUCCGGUUAUGCUUUUCUAAGGAAUUUUCUGUACAAGGGAACCUAA